AUGAUUAAAAAUAUUAUUAUUAUUAUUAUUAUUUUGAAGUAAAUACAAUACUUUAGUACUUAAAACAAUCUUAAUUUACUUCGCAUCAAAAUUAUACAAGUAGAUCUAACAGUUCAGAUUAAUCAGAAACUUACUAAUAAAAAUUCAUUCAUCUUUAUCCUUAAUUCUAAUCUAAUUGAGGAUUUAAAAGAGGAUAGCAACAUGGUAGUUGCUUGA